CGGGAGCAGGGCAAUCUGGGACGGUGUGUAUUUGUGACGCAGCAUUUCGGCUCUUAGCUUUUUCUGAUAAGAAACCCAUAGCAGACUAUGAAGCAAGAUUCAGCAAGUAAUGCCACCUACACAGUUGACUGUGAAGAUUAUGUGCACGUAGUCGAAUUUAAUCCCUUCGAUUCUGGGGAGGCAGGCUCUUUAUUAGCCUAUGGUGGAAUUAGCUAUGUCGUUAUUGCUUCUUGCAGGUUUCAGGAAGAAGAUUCUACUGUGGAAGGCAUAGAGUUUAAGACACUAAAAACCUUUCACCAUGGGGAAAGAGUGGUUGCUAUAGCCUGGAGCCCAGAAACACGAUGUGAUGCUUUACUCCCUCUACUGAGAUUCGCCACUGCAGCUGGUGAUAAAAAAAUAAGGAUCUUUACUUCAGAUUUCCAGGACAAAAAUGAGUAUAAGGUCAUAGAAGGCCACUCUGGAUACAUUAAUGACUUGGUGUUUUGUUCUCCAGAAGGAACUGAUAUUGCUAGCGUUGGAGACGAUCACACAUGCAGGAUUUGGGAUUUGGAUGGAAAGCAGAUUGCAAUGUUUAUUCUACGUUCCCCUGGUAUGAGUGUGGCGUGGCAUCCAGAAGGAGCAUUCAAGCUAAUGGUGGCAGAGAAAACGGGUACUAUACGUUUCUAUGAUUUGACUACACACCAGGCUAUACUGUCUCUUGAGUCAGUGCAGGUGCCUCUGAUGUCUGCAGACUGGUGCGUGAGGAAUACUUUAAGAAUUGGGGCUGUUGCAGGAAAUGACUGGAUAAUAUGGGAGAUGCCACGUUCCAGCUACCCACAAGAUAACAAGCCAGCACAUGCCGACAGAGCAAGAAUGUUCAGGUGGUCAAAAUGCAAUGAAAAUGUAUUUGCAACUACUGGCUAUCCAGGAAAGAUGAAAAGUCAGAUAGCUAUUCACCACUUGGCACACCCUCAGCCUAUUCUUAUUGGGACUGCCCCUGUUGGAUCUGGACUCAGCUGGCACAGAAGACUCCCUCUUUGUGUUGUGGGGGGUUACCGCAAGCUCUUCUUCUGGCUCACAGAAAUGUGAAAAAAAGCAGACUCUUCUUGUAAGCUUUUACUGUAUCCUCUCUAAAAAUGUAUUUUGUAAGUUUAACUUCUUGGACAGGACAUGAUUGUAUUCAUCUGAAAUCUGUCUUAUAAAUAUUUUGGUCUACAAAACAGAGUAUAUGAGUGGGCUAAAAAAAAAAAAAAAGUGCUCAUGCAGAACACUGAAAUAAUUGUCACUAAUUUAUAAACAAAUUUUAGUCAUGAGGCACCUCCUGUACCCAUAACUAAAUUCCUAGGCCCCUUAAGACGUUUACAUUGAGCCAAGACAAACCACUCCAAAAGCCCAAGGUGAUAAAAGUUGCUUUUACAUCUUACAUCUCUGUUCCAAUUCAUAAUCCAGUAAGAAAUACUAAAAUUGCAUACUGCCUUUCCAGGAAGAACAUAUUUCAUAAAGUGCUGCAAACAGACUAAAUCCAUAUGCUGGAGAUUAGUGACAGCAUGUUUGAUGACUGCACAGGGAGGACAUUUAUAGGGGGAACAUAAUGCUGUAACAGGACGCACUGCUUUUGUACUGAGAAUAUCUUGCCAAAGCACUGAAUGGAAAACAUUCUUGUAGACUACCAACAACAGAAGCUAUUAAAUAAUGGUUUUUUUUUGUUAAUGUAUACAUAUGUGCAUAUAAACCUUUUCAUGGACCUGUAAAAUUUUUAUAUAAAGUCUCAAGUCAUGUAUUUUAUUUCAAACAUUAGUAGAGUCUUCAAAUAUAGUAGACAUUGUUAUUGAUUAUUUGUGACCAUAGAUAAUUUCCAUCUUCGCAUCCUCUCUUUCUUAGUCAAAUGCUUAUAAAAUCACAUUUAGGUUAUAGCAUGAGGGAACCAUUGAAACAACUUCCGAGGAGGGAGGAAAAGAACCAAAAGGUUGGAUUGGAGUUUAGGAAUUGGUUAAAAACUCAUACUAAAAUUAUAUAAUACAAAUAUGUUCUAGUUAAAUAACAAAUUAGCAGUAUUCCCCUGGCUGUUCCAUCCUCAUUCAUUCAUCUUCAUUCAUUCAUCUUGUUACCUCUGCAGAAGUCUUGUUCCAACAACCUGUUUAUAGCGUAAUUGCAUGCAGUUUAGACAUACAGGGCAGCCCCUAGCCAGAUGAAAACGGUUACAUUUGGACUAACUUGUUGUGCAGUAUUAAGAAAUCCAUUUAAUAUAUAAAAUGUAGAUUGAUAUGUUUAAACCUAGUUCACAAUAAAGCUGUCUUCAAAUUGC